CACACUCUCUCUCUCUCUCUCCGCUCCUUCUCUCCGUGGCCAAGACCCGCCGUCACGCGCACUGAAACCAGCCGCGCGUGGGCUCACCUGUGCCCGGGCCCUCGUCCAGUGGAAGGAGGACGCAGCUCGGUCCGGAGAGGACACUUUAGAGGACACUCGCCCCGGGAGAGGAGCCGCAACUUGGCCGCUUCCUGCAGCCCGGGCGGCGAGAGCGGAACUCACCCGCCAAGUUCAUCGCGCGGAUACCGAGACGGAAUAACCCGAAGACCCCCCCCCCCGCAUACCCCUGCUCCCCCCCCCCCUGCAGCGCUGUAGUGGAUAUUUACGUCCACCUCGUCUCCCGCUUGGAAGAAUGGCGAGAGCUCCCGGGGCGCGCUGCUCGGUCCCUCCGGUGAGGAACGCUUGGCUGGCGGCGGCGGUCCUCCUCGUGGCGCAAGGUAUCGGCGCUCAGAAGGUGCGAGUGGAGGACGAGCUGGAGGCGUAUCCCACGGAGUCGGUCGAUCUGCGCUGCGAGUUCAUCGACGGAGGAGGCCGAACCAAACUCACGCAGGUGUCUUGGAUCUGGGAGCCUAUUGAUGGUCAAAGGGACAACAUUGCUGUGUACCACCCCACCUACGGACAGAGCUUCCCCAACCUGUCCUUCAAGGACCGCGUGGUCUUCCUCCACAACAACCUGGAGAACCCGUCCAUCAGGAUCUCCAAACUCAAGAUGUCCGACGCCGGCCGCUACACCUGCGAGUACGCCACCUACCCCACUGGGAACGAGCAGGGGACGACCAGCCUCGUCAUGCUGGCCAAACCGAAGAACUCCGCCAAAGUUGUGACCGUCCAGGCCGGCUCCAAGUUGGUGGUGGUGGCCCGGUGCGAGGCGGCGGACGGCAAACCGGCGGCCACCAUCAAGUGGCUGGCGUCGGUCGGAGGCAACCACUCGACCAGCACCACGAACGGGCCGGACGGCACGGUGACGGUGCGCAGCGAGUACCAGCUGGUCCCCACGCCGGCGGACAAUGGCGGGGAGGUGACCUGCAUGGUCGACCAGAGGACGCAGGCGCAGCCGUGGGUUUACCCCCUCAAGCUCUCGGUGGAAUACCCGCCCUCCGUGUCCAUCGAGGGCUACGACAACAACUGGUACGUGGGCCGCUCGGACGCCACGCUGCUCUGCAUGGCCAACGGGAACCCCGCGCCCACCGCCGUCACCUGGACCGCGGCGUCGGGCGCUCUGCCGGACACGGUGGUGGUGAGCGGCAACAAGUUGACGGUGAGGAAAGUGGACGACGCCGUCAACACCACCUUCAUCUGCGAGGUCAAGAACAAGCACGGCGCCAGCCACCACCAGAUCACCACCCUCGUCAUCGACGAGAAGAAGGUCACUCCGGCUCCGUCUUCGGGCGCCGUCAUCGGGGGGAUCCUCGGCUCCUUGGCCUUCAUCGGCAUCAUCGUCGUCAUCGUCUUCUACGUCCGCAAGCGCCGGGAGGACGGAGAGGGCUCUCCCAAGCACAAGCCCUCUCCCCCCGGGAAGGCCGGCAGCUCCACGGAGAUGCUGAAUAAGCCAUCAGAGCCUCCCACGGCCACAGAGACGGCCCCGCUCGGCCCGGGAGAGGUUUACUACGAGCCCACGGGGGGAGAGCCUGUCACGAACCUGGAUGACGAGGCCACCGGAGCCCUGAACGGCGGCGCACCCCGGGUCCCGGACCACUUGGCCAAAUACGACAAAGUCGACGAGCUCGCCGGCGACGGUCGCCCUGGCAACGACUUUGAUCCGUCCAAUCACGAGCAACCGGCUGCCACCAUCUCCCGCGGCGAGAGCUUCGUAUCUCCCUCCAUGUACGUGUAGCCGUACGGGCACGUUCCAGGCCACCUACGUUUGCAUAAAAAGGCAAAUGGCGCUCGCACACUUGUUCCACGACACGGGGACAUUCUGCGUUUUUUCUUUCUUUACCAGGCACAACUAUCGGGUGAUUUUUUUUGGGACAUGUUUUUCCGUCUCUCCAUAAAACCGUGAAGUGAAAAGCAGUGUUUUAAUUUCUGCAACGGCAGCAAGAGGGUAACAAGCGUUCCCUCUGCUUAAUAUUUAGAACUCCUGCAUGUGCGUCAUACACACUUUUAAUCAUUUAAUCACCAGGAAAAGACAAAAUAUGGCACAAAAUAUCAAAGUUAGGACACACACACACACAGGAGUUUGUGAUCUCAUGUGUGCGUUGUGUAUAAUGAGUCGGGCAUUUACAAUAUAAUAAUUCCGUGGUUGAGAGGUGUCGCAAUGGAGGUGAACUGGAACAUUCCCUGCAGCUCGCCCUGUGCGGCGCUCGCAAAUCCAAAUUCCAGCCCAAAAAAACAUGCAAGUCGACAGCAUUUUAAGAGUGUGAAAUAUUAUAUGCAACAUUUUGUGCCACGAACAGACGACAAAGUCCCCGUCGCAAAAAAAAGAAGAGUGUUUCACGUGAAGCUGCCAGUCACCGGUGUACGGCCAAGGGAAGUGAUUUAAACAUCUCUAUUUUAAGGAUUAAACAGCAUCUUUUAACUCCUCUUCCACGGUUGGUUCGGUUUUAAUUACAAAAAAUAUCUGAAUAUGUUCCCAGAAAGUCCAACACAUGUUCAGCUUCAACUAAUCACUCACGAUCUUUGAAAAGUAUUUCAGUUAUUUAUCAACUCUGAUAAAAACUCCAGAGAAAAAUUCCAACCUUUCCCGCUAUGUUCCGGGCUCCGGUCCAAUAAAGAAACAUUCCACUUCAUCAUGUCGUCAACAAGCCCCCCCCCCCUCCCCCCUCUGGAGCGCCGGGUAGCUCGUUAGCGCUAACGAACGGGGACGCCACAUCGUUUUGAAGCCGCGUAACCUGGCAACGUUACAUGAUUAAGAUUCCACAGAUUUUGUGAUUGCAAGAGUUGUGUGUGUGUGUGUGUGUUGGGGGGGAUGAAACCUGGUUUACAGCAAAGCACACACACACACACACACACACCGCAGGGGGCAAGAAACGCCAAUGUUUGGAUUCAGUGCUAAUAAAUCACGCUAAUAAGGCUGAGGAGCCAUCACCAGGAAUGUGUUUUCAGAGUGAGAAUGCUCAGGGCUUAUUAGAGACACACUGCCGGUACUGCCACUUUAACACAUCGAGAACCGUCCCACGCCACAAUAUUUUACAUAUGUCAAAAAUGCAUUUUUAGCCAAUUGUCAAGUUGAGGUAAAAAAGGUGAGCAACACACGAUGCCCGGCUGAAUCAAAAUAAAUUGGUCUUCAUAGAUGUCAGAUGGUACCAAAUGAUGAACAAACAGUGUAAAUAGUAUUGAUGAUAUUGGUGGGUAAUAUAUUGUUGGUGAAAUGUGUACACAUUAAAAAUAAACCAGUGUAGGUAUUAUCAGUGCCUCUGUACAGGGGAAGGAAGUGUGUUAAAUGUCCAGUUGAGCGGUUUAAAAAAAAAAGGUGUAUAUUACGAUUUUAUUUUUCACGGGUACAUUGAGGUUGUCGCUUAAUACUUUUUAAAAAAAUAUUUCAAUAUGUGAAGAAAAAAAAAGAAAUGCAAUGUGUGGAUUUUACUCCUAUUACUCUGCAUGGCAUGAUCGGUGGCUUGUUGAAACACUUUUCCCUCAAGGCUUUUUGCGGAAUAAUCUUCUCCAUUUGUAAAAAAAAAAAACAUUUUUGAAUGUAAAAAAACAACAACAAGAAAGAUGUUUUUAGUUUGUUUUGUAUCUCCGUCUCAGUGCAUCUGUCACAUUCCCGCACACCACGAGCACAAGUCCAAUUUUAGUUGAGAGGACGGGAGGUGUUUUGUUGUGGGGUUUUCUUCGUUGUAUGACGACUCGACAGGCUUUCUGUUUUUGGUCUUUAGCGCUGAUCUGAAGAAGCUGCCAGCGUGAGAUGUGAUAUCUGCUCUCCUCUUUCAUCCGGCUUGAGGCCUCGAGGCACACAGAUCUUCUUGAGGUACAGCGUUGACGGUCGGGCCCGGAGGACGGAGCUAACCGCGGCCGGGCUCCGAGACCUUCUCACUCUCCAACCCGUCACUGUUCAGCGCGCUGGGUGGCCCGUUAGCUCGGGUGGCCCGUUAGCUCGGGUGACCAGACGUCCUCUUUUCCCCGGACACGUCCUCUUUUUGAGACCUAAAAAAUGCGUCCGGCAGGGAUUCCAAAAACGUCCGGGAUUUUGCUUCGUCGGAUAUUUGUGUUUCUCUGGGUCUUAGUUAUUACUCCUUACAAGUGUUGGAAAUGGUAUCUCCCUUACGUUCCACCUUCUUGCGCGAGCUCUGACGGUAUAGAGAACAGUCAUUGGUCGACUGAUCUCAGUGUUGCCAGAUACACGAAAAGUAUCCUCCUUUUAGGCAUGUAUAUCACAAAACAAGCCGAACAAGAGAGAUGUUUAAUCGCUCAGCCCCCCCCCACCCCCGUCCGUCGACGCCGCUCGCCGUGGGAGCCCUUUCCUAUCUCAGUGGGGGCAUCAUAGAGGAGUUAUGUUUCGGGCACCAACAUGGCUAGCGGCAGCACUGACUACUACCCCCCCCCCCCCCCCACCCACCCAAGACGAAGUAUCCUCUUUUUCACAAACUUAAAUCCGGUCACCCUACGUUAGCAUCACACCGAUAGCUCAACCUUAGCUAGCUUAAGUAACAUUCCUAAGUUAGGUACAUUACGUAAGUCAACUUACAGUCUUUCGAUACAGUUCGAUACAGCACUAAAUUAAUACGAUGCCAUUCAGUUUAACUGAAUUCAUCGUAUUGUCGUAUGCAGCUCCCUGGCCAUGGUUAUAAUAUCAAACUAAAACUAGCUGAACCUCAGAGAAGCGUUGACGCUACGGAUCGUGUUCAAUUCAGUUUAUUAUAUUUUGUAUCGCCCAAAAUCACAUAUUACAAAUGUGCCUACAAUCUGUAGGCUACACGUACGCUGAAAGUCCCAGGUGUUGACUUCAUCUUUACCAAAAGCUAGCUGCUCGCUAGCAGAGUCUCAGUUUGCGAUGCUAAUUCAUCAACACUUGCUAACGUUGAGCCGAAGAAGGUGGCCAACAACUCGUGUGUCGUGCCGUUGAACGUAGCUCGGCCUCUUUGCCUGCAAAACCAUCACCUGGCACAUUUGGAUCCCAUUGGUUUUGAGUGGCUCUACGGAGUCCGUUAGCUAGUCUUUCCACUCGUAUAUCUAUUUAUAUGCCUGUGUCAUGAACACAGAUUACAUGAGAACCCUUUCUGAUGUUUCUCGACACCUUUUCAACACGUUCCGCUGAAAAAUGUUUACGAUUCAGAGGCUUGUAUCGACGUUACUACGGACUCUUGUAAUGAUUAUUUGACUAUCUUUACACCCCUAUUAACUUAUUUACUUAAAUUCAAAUAAGUGAACAUUUACUGACUGAGACACGAAUAGAGACAUACAACUAGAAUGCUAAAGGAUGAUAGAAAGGAAACGAUUACAACAAGAAAUAAGGGACAUUUUGUUAUCACAGGUCGGCAAAAAAUGCAAUAUUUCCGUUUUUUGACGUACAACAAUCAUCUGUUAAUAACCAACCGUGGAAAUCUUUGUUGGACAGUUUUUUGGGGGGUAUUAUUUAUAAAUUGCUAGUUCUGCUUCAUGCUAACUGAAACCCAAGAUUUGAUCCAUCCUAAAAAAGAGAAAUACAUUUGUCUUGCCAAUUUGAUUGUAUCUAUUGUAGUGUGGUAAUUAGUUGUUUUUUAAAAGUUACUUUAAUUGGUUCUUAUCUAUAAUACUCACUGAAUCCGCGUUAUAGGAUAAAUAGAGACUUCUACGGUAGCCAGCCAUGUAAAGAGUUGUUCAUUUUGAAUAAAGGGAACGUCGGCACGCUGCAUGGACCAAUGGGAUGAAAGCUCCCAGUUGGACCACCGUGACCAGUGACUCGGUCAGACGAUCACAGAUGAUGAGUCUCAUGACCACGGAAGGAAAACGUCAUGAAACAGAAUUAAAUGUGGUGUUUCUUUUCUUUUUUGUCUUUACAUGAACAAAAAUAUUUACUUUUCUGUGCCGAUAGACUGAGUACAAAGGGAAAGACGAUCAGUGGGACUCAUUAUUUCACACACCACUGAUUCAGCGAGUGUUCAGUAUUGAGUUUCAGCCCCGCCGUCUUCUUCGUGGCAUCGUUCAGUUUUAUACGAUCAAUAGAGCGGCUUCAUUCGGAGGUUUCUGGAAUCACAAUCUAGACAUCGCCAUCGCGUAGCUGCCAACAAAAAGGGAAAAUUGCUCAGAGAUGCUAGCUCCAAGUCAGUUUACAGGCGAUACUUUCUCAAAAAGCAUGAGUCAGCAGUUAUUAGAGGGAGAUGAGUGGGAGGAGUUGUGAGUUUGAGGGCCCCGUGUCCCGGUAGCUGCCGGGUUGCAUUCCGGGCCACGGUGCUUUGCCAGAAAGCUGUGAAAGUCCUCAAUAACUGUCUACAUCUGGUCCUCUCCUCCGUCUACCCCUCUUUCUGUUUGUUUUUUUACCCCCUCUCCCCUCCCCCUCUCCAUUGUCAUCACAGCUUCUCAUCACGCAGCCAGACGUGCCUUCUUUAUGUUAUUUUUAGCUUCUCGGUUUUCCACUUCUAGUCUUGACAGAUGAACGAGUGAUGAAAGGGGUAAACACACACACGCACACACACACACACACACACACACACGUGUGAUGGAUUUGACGUCGAUGAUGGCAAUGUUACAAGAAAAAAGAAAGAAAGAAAACCGCUCACACACACACACACUGGAGAUGUAAUCAUACUUUGUGUCGACGGAUUUUCUUUCAUUGAUUUUGUUUUAUCAGCGGAUGGAUUAUCAAUUUGUAUGUUUUUUGGGAAACCUAUUGUAAUGUUUUACAGAUCAUUGUCUUGUCAAAUAAAAUGUAAACCAAAAAGGA